AUGAGUGUACAAGACGAACUUCAAGCUAUUCUUAGUAAUGCUUCCCAGUCCCAGCAGCAGCCAGAGGAAGAAGAAAAACAUGGUAGCCAGCAUAUUGCUGUGCCAACCAGCCAGGUUCAGCCAAGUCAGGCUGAAUCUCAAUAUACUUAUGAAGAAGUGACUCAGACUCAAGUUGUCCUUCCUGAGCCUAUGCUUCAGGACAACCCUAACAGGUUCGUCCUGUUCCCAAUCCAGUACAAGGAUGUCUGGGAGAUGUACAAGAAGCAGCAAGCUUGCUUCUGGGUAGUCGAGGAGAUCGACCUUGCAUCAGACCUCAAAGACUGGAAUGACAAGCUCAAUGAUGAUGAAAGACACUUCAUUAAGUACGUUCUCGCCUUCUUUGCUGCUUCAGACGGUAUCGUCCUCGAGAACUUGAUUGAGAACUUCGCUUCUGAAGUCCAAGUACCAGAAGUGAGAUGCUUCUACGGAUUCCAAAGUAUGAUGGAGAACAUCCAUAGUGAGACCUACUCCCUCCUGAUUGAUACCUAUAUUAGUGACGAACAAGAGAAAGAUUUCCUCUUCAAAGCUAUUGAAAAUAUUGAUACCGUCAAAAAGAAGGCUGAAUGGGCUAUUAAAUGGAUCAACAAGAGCGAUAGCUUCGCUGAAAGGCUCAUCGCCUUUGCCUGUGUCGAAGGAAUCUUUUUCUCCGGAUCAUUUUGCGCAAUCUUUUGGCUCAAAAAGAGAUCUUUGAUGCCAGGACUUUGCUUCUCUAACGAAUUGAUCUCUAGAGAUGAAGGACUUCACACUGAUUUCGCUUGCUUGCUUUACAAGCACAUGGUAAACAAGGUGUCUAACGAGAGGAUCUACGAGAUCAUGUCAGAAGCUGUUGCGAUCGAACACGAAUUCGUAUCUGAGUCCUUACCAGUCGAACUCAUCGGCAUGAACAGUAAACUUAUGAGCCAAUACAUUGAGUUCGUAGCAGACAGACUCUGAUUCACACUUGGUGCCCCCAAACUAUACAAUGUAAGUAAUCCAUUCGAGUGGAUGGAUAUGAUCUCUCUCCAAGGGAAGACUAACUUCUUCGAGAGGAAGGUCAGUGAGUACCAGAAAGCAGGAGUCAUGCAGAAGAAAGAAGACAAGAAGUUCACUCUUGACUCUGAGUUCUAG